AUGCAGCUGGAGGCGCAGGAUGUGCUGUACGUGGUGCUGGAGCUGGCCAUCGCCGUGCUGUCGGUGGCGGGCAACGUGCUGGUGUGCGCCGCGGUGGGCACCUCGAGCGCGCUGCAGACGCCCACCAACUACUUCCUGGUGUCUCUGGCGGCGGCCGACGUGGCCGUGGGACUCUUCGCCAUCCCCUUUGCCAUCACCAUUAGUUUGGGCUUCUGCACCGACUUCCACAGCUGCCUCUUCCUCGCCUGCUUCGUGCUGGUGCUCACGCAGAGCUCCAUCUUCAGCCUCCUGGCCGUGGCCGUCGACAGGUACCUGGCCAUCUGUGUCCCGCUCAGUGACAUCUCGUAUAAGAGUCUGGUCACCGGGACCCGCGCAAGAGGAGUCAUUGCCGUCCUCUGGGUCCUUGCCUUUGGCAUUGGACUGACCCCGUUCUUGGGAUGGAACAGCAUGGACAGUGCCACCAACAACUGCACAGAGCCCUGGGACGGAACCGUGAACGAAAGCUGCUGCCUGGUCAAGUGUCUCUUUGAGAAUGUCGUGCCCAUGAGCUACAUGGUAUAUUUCAAUUUCUUUGGCUGUGUGCUGCCCCCACUGCUCAUCAUGCUGGCCAUCUACAUCAAGAUCUUCAUGGUGGCCUGCAAGCAGCUGCAGCGCACGGAGCCGAUGGACCAGUCGAGAACCACACUUCAAAGGGAGAUCAAUGCAGCCAAGUCCCUAGCCAUGAUCGUGGGGAUUUUUGCUCUGUGUUGGCUACCAGUACAUGCUAUCAACUGUGUCACUCUCUUUCAGCCAGCUCGAGCUAAAGAUAAGCCCAAGUGGGCAAUGAACAUGGCCAUCCUCCUAUCACAUGCCAAUUCAGUUGUCAAUCCCAUCGUCUAUGCCUACCGGAACCGAGACUUCCGUUAUACUUUCCACAAAAUCAUCUCCCGGUAUAUUCUCUGUCAGACAGAUGCCCUGAAGAAUGGGCAUGGGUAGGAGGGGCACCGUUGGCUCUUGGUAUUGGCCUGUGGCCUAGGCUGUGGAUAUUCACAGUAAACAUAGGGACAUGGCAAGCCUGGCUGAUGCUCAUUGUGAAAGAUAGCUACAACUCAAGCAUAUGGGCUGCCUCUCUUCAGUACUUUCCUGGAGUCAACACACACCUAGCUAAUACAUUCAUGUUGUUAGCAGGCUCCAAUGUUGACAAAAAGACUUUGUGGCAUUUAUGGUUCUAUUUGGCUGCUUUUACCAGGUGUAUGAUACUGACAUGUGAAUGGAUUUUAAAACAGAGAUGUGUUUUUUUUUAUCUCCUUUCCUAGGAGGACAUGACUGAAACCAUUUUACUGUGAAACACUGUGAACUAUUUUAAUGGGAAUCUUUGUAGUUUAGAGGAAAUGGAAAUAUAAAAGUUGGAUAUACUAGAAAUGUACACUAUUUCUAGGAGGCAAUCAUGAAAAUGUAUUUCUUCCAUCAAGAAACUCCUACAUUCAUUUAGAGCAAUGUUACUCUCUGCAGUUCUGUUGGACUGGUCUUCGGAUAACCAUUGUGAAUCUCUCUUCACAUGCAGAAAACCUACUCCAGAGGGAGAGACUGAAGAAACAGGAUCCCUUUCUGCCAGACUCCAUUUUCCCUUCUCCCAACUCCACGUUUGGCCAAGUUGCUAGAACACAAAAAGUGUGAAUAUUUUACCAAGUCAAAUGAUAUCUUUGUGCAUUUUAUGUGAAAAUGAGAAAACUUUAUAAAAAAAGAGCCCAGGUGCAACGUUGACUUAUCAUUCAGAAUUGCAUUUACCUUUGUACUUUACCCUGAAACUAGGUUUAUACCAAAUCCCAAAUCUCUUAAGUAGUAGAAAAGUGUGAUAGAUUAUUUUCCACACCUCAAAGUAACAAAGCACUUAGGCAACCACACAGCACUGCAACAUCUGUAGCCUUGGGCUUUGUGAAAAACAUACACUUGUUACCACCUUAUGGGGUGGGGGCUUCCAGAGUGUAAAAGUCAUCUAUUUUUUACAUCAUAUUUUAUUGUUUUCAGGCUGUUUCCAUUAAAUAAUUUUUACCUAAA